UUCAAAUGCAACAUCAUCACUAUCACAAGCCUCCGAACGCUUCAAAUACCCCGGAUUCCCAUACCUUAGCUCUCUCUUCCCGAUAUUUGACACUUCAUACAUCAUACAGCAACAUCUGUCCCCACAUUACAAGUGAGCUCUCGAAGACAGCUUGAGGACAAUAAUCGGACUUUACGAGCUUCAAAGGAGAUCAUACAGCCACAAUGUCUCUUAAAUCAGCGGACUUCCCCUCCUCCGCCGCCUUUGACGAAAUCGCCCGCUCCCUCUCUUCCUCCGACGCCGACCGCAAAGACGCGAUCAAAAAAGGCGGCGCGAUCUUCGCCUUCACACUCAAGAACGCCGGCAAAGAAGAAUCGUGGCACAUUGAUCUCAAGGAGACGGGCACCGUGGGCAAGGGCGUCGCGCCCGAGGGCAAGAAGGCUGCCGUUACGCUGGUGCUGAAUGAUAAGGAUUUUGCGUCGCUCGUUGCGGGCAAGGCGAAUGCGCAGAAGCUGUUUAUGAGUGGGAAAUUGAAGGUCAAGGGCGAUGUCAUGAAGGCAACCAAGAUGGAGCCGAUACUUAAGAAGGCGCAGACGGGCGCUAAGCUAUAGGCUGGAAGCUAUAGGCUGGGAGGUGGAUUAUAUAAGAUAUCAAUCGAGAUGUGCAAUAGUAUAUUUGUGUCUAUCU